AUGGGGGACAGAAGGAGGGACACGGGUGACGCCGAGGGGACACGGGGGUGGCACCUGGGGACGCGUGAGGGGUCAGAGGAGGACGGGGAUUAUGCAGGGGGCGACACGGGGGGACACGGAGGCGACACGAUGGGAACUGGCCGAGGCCGUCCCCAGCCGCCCCCCACGCGUUCCGCGAGCGGAGCCUGGCGCCGGGGGGCGCCCUGCGGGGGCUGCGGGACCCCCCUGGGACCCCACGGGCUCGUGUGCAGAGUUUGCAAAAUCGCCGCCCACAAGAGAUGUGAGAGCAAGGUGACGUCACCGUGCCAACCUCUGCCCCCGCCUGAGCUGAGGCGGAACACGGCCCCGGUGCGGGCGCAGCGAGCGCGUGGUGAGACCCCCGAGACCCCCGGAACCCCAAAACCUCCGAAACCCCAAAAUCCCCGGAAACCCGAGACCCCGGAACCCCCAAACCCCGGAACCCCCAAACCCCCGGAACCCCAAAGUCCCCCCGACCCUCCCGUGAUUCCCUCGACCCCUCUCUAUUUUGGGGACCCCCUCCUUUGCCCCCCCUUCCUCACCCCCGUGUUUGGGGACGGCCUUUGGCUCCCCCCGUGCUUUGGGACCCCCCCUGACCCCCUUUUGCCCCCCCCCCCCCCUCGUUUUUGGGGCUCCCCCGGGACCCUCCAGGGCUCCUCGCUCGACAGCGCCCCCCAGCGGAGCACCCUGCCCAGGCCGCGCCCCCCCCCCCCGCUGGACCUGGCGUUCGUCACCGAGCGGAUCCUGAGCGUGGCGCUGCCGGGGGGCGAGGGGGGGCCCGGGGGGCACCUGCGGCACCUGGCGCGGCUGCUGGGGGCGCGGCACGGCCCCAACUACACCGUGAGUUCUGGAUUUCGGUGGCCGGAGCUGCGCCCCCCCCUGGAGCUGCUCUGCUCCGUCUGCAAAGCGCUCGAGGGGUGUCUGGGGGGGCACCCCCGCAACGUGGCCGUGCUGCUCUGCAAGGUGGGGCCGGGGCGGGGGCUGGGGAACGGGGAGGGGCACGGGGGGGGCACUGGGGGCAGCAAGGCCCCGGUCGGGGUGGUCGUGGGGGCGUUUCUGCACUACAGCGACGUGUGGGGCAGCCCCGAGCAGGCGCUGAACGCGCUGAGCAUGAGGAGAUUCUGCGAGGAGAAACUGGGGGGGGUCCUGCAGCCCUCCCAGCGCAGGUGGGGGUCUGGGGUACACGGAGGAUUUUGGGCGCUGCUCUCGGGGCGGCUCCGCCUGAACAGCUCCCCCCAGUUCCUGCACCACGUCCUGCUGCCCCCCCUGCCCGCCUACGACCCCCCCGACGGUUGCCGCCCCUUCCUCAAGAUCUACCAAUCGCUGCAGCUCGUCUACACCUCGGGGGUCUACCCCCCCGCCUCGCAGUCUCUCUGUGUCACCCUGGAACCGGCGCUGCUGCUCAAGGGCGAUGUGAUGGUGCGCUGUUACCACCGGGGCGGGGGGGGGCGCGAGGCGGUUUUUGGGGUUCAGUUCCACACGGGGACCCUGCGCGGGCCCCGCCUGAGGCUGCGCCGGGACGAGCUGGACCUGGCCUGGCAAGGUGGGGGCACGGGGGGGCACGGGCCGGGAGAGCCGGGGGGCUGCGGGGGCGCGGGAGGACGGGGGGGAGCCCUCCCACACCUGGGGUCCCCUGGAUGGCAGCCCCUACGCCCGCGUGCAGAAGAAGGGGGGUCCCUCCUCCCACGGGGGGGAAUCAGAGUCCCCAGCCCCCCCCCGGAGCCCCCCACGGCCGCCCCCCCGCCCCCCACGGCCGCCGAGCGCCGGGAGCUGGAGCAGCUGCUGGGGGGGUUCGGGGUUCGGGGGGGCCGCGAGAGCCCCGGCCCGGGGGAGGAGCCCCCCGACACCCCCGAAGCGCUUGGGACCACCCGCAGCCCAUGGGAGCCCCGAGGCACUCGGGAGCCCAGCGCCCUACGGGAAUCCAACACCCUACAGGACCCCCAUAUCCCACGGGACCCCCCUCCCACGGCUUCCCCACAUCCUGUGCAGCCCCCAAACCCCAGGGGUCCCCCACACCCUAUGACCCUCAAAGCCCUGCGGGACCCUGACACCCCAUGGCCCCCCAGCACCCCAGGGGUCCCCAGCUUCCUACGGGAGCCGGCGCCCCAUGGCCCCCCAGCAUCCCCCGGGACCCCAAUAUCGCACGGGGUCCCUGUGCCAUAUGGCACCCACAGGACCCCAAUAUGCCGGGGGUCCCCGACAUUCCACGGGACCCCACUUUCCCAGGACACCCUGGUGCCCAACAGCACCUUGGGAUCCCAGGGGACCUUCACAUUCCAGGGCUCGCUGCUGCCCUACAGCCCCCCAGCGUCCCACGGCACCCCAACAUCCCUGGAGACCCCGACUCCGUACGGCACCCCAACAUCCCAGGGGUCCCCAUCACCCUAUGGGACGCCAAAAUCCUACGGGACCCCCCCAUCUCACGGAUCCCCAACGCCCCAGGGCCCCCACACUCCCCAGAGCCCCCCCCCAGCCCAGAAGUCCCCGGUGUCCUACAGCCCCCCAGUCCCCCACGGGACCCCGCUGAUCCACGAGACCCUGACACCCUAUGGGACCCCGACAUCGCAGGAGAGCCCAGCCCCCCACAGCUCCCCGACAUCCUACAGCCCCCCAAAACCCCACGGCACCCCGGCAUCCCCCGGGCUCCCCAUGUCCCACAUCACCCCGAUAUCCGAGGGACUCCCAGCCCCCCCCAUGCCCCACGGCCCCCCCCCCCCCGCACCCCACGGCAUCGCAGCGCCCCAGAGCCCCCCCUGUGCCGCUCACAGCCUCCCGGUGUCCCCCACCCCGCCGAGCCCUUGGGCCCCCCCGUGCCCCCCCCUGUGCCGCCGGGCCAGCCUGGCCCCCUCCCGGGACGCCCCCAAACGGGGGGUGCAGCGCUCGCUGUCCGAGGGGUUCCCCCCGUGGGGGAGCUACGGGCGCCCCGUGGCGGGGGGGUACCUGCUUUUGGGGGGGCUCCCGCCCCUCUGCCCCUGCCAGGACUGCCAGGGCUGGGGGGGCAUCUCCCCGCUGCCCACCCGCCCCAUUUACGGCGGCCAUGGCUGGGGGGACCCCCCCGCGCCGCCUCCGGAGCCCCCGAAUUGCCCCCACUGCGGCCGCCCGGGCUGGGAGCGGAGCGGGAGCCCCCCCCGGAAAAGGGGGCUACGACCCCCCCGCCGUGGGGGAGCCCCAGGAGCCGACAGAGGGUUUUUGGGGCGGCACCCCCGGUUCCCCCCCGCCGCCGCAGCCGCCCCUGCCCGAGAAGCGGCACCCGCCGGCCCCGGGGGGCCCCGCGACCCCUCCUCACCCCAGCGCAGCCCGGGGGGCGCCCAGGGGAGCGCCCUCGGCGGGGGAGGGGCCGGGCGGGACCCCCCCGGGGGCACCUUCGUGCAGGACACGAGCAAGUUCUGGUACAAACCGGGGCUGUCCCGGGAGGAAGCCGUGGCGCUGCUCAAGGCGGCCCCUCCCGGCUCGUUCCUCGUCCGCCGCAGCAGCAGCUUCCCGGGGGCCUUCGGGCUGGCGCUCAGGGUGGGGGUCCCGCCGCCCCGCGCCGCCUCCAGAGCGGGGGACCCCCAGGAGCAGCUGGUGCGGCACUUCCUGAUCGAGACGGGCCCGAGGGGCGUCAAAAUCCGGGGGUGCCCCGAGGAGCCCUACUUUGGGAGCCUCCCAGCGCUGGUGCUGCAGCAUUCCAUCACCCCCAUCUCACUGCCCUGCACCCUCCGCAUCCCCCACGCAGAGCUGCAGGAGGAGCCCCCGGAGCCGCCGGGACCCCCCAAUGUCAGCACGGCGGAGCCCUCCUGCUCCGUGCUGUUCCUGGGCUCGGUGGGCACCGAGGCCCUGACUGGGCCCCAGGCCGUGGCCAAGGCCGUGGGGUCCCUCCUGGAGGGGGCCUCGAGCGCGGGGGGGUCCCCGCGGCCCCCCCCCAGCCCCGUGCACUUCAAGGUGUCGGCAGGGAUCACCCUGACGGACCGGCAGCGCAAACUGUUUUUCCGCCGGCACUACCCCGUGAGCAGCGUCACCCACUGCGGCACCGACCCGCAGGAGCGCCGGUGGGCAAACCCCGACGGGACCACGGCCAGGAUUUUCGGGUUCGUGGCGAAGCAGGCGGGGGCGCCGGGGGGGGGCAACGCGUGCCACGUGUUCGCGGAGCUGGACCCCGAGCAGCCAGCGGGCGCCAUCGUCACCUUCGUCACCAAAGUGCUGCUGGGGACGCGGCACUGAGGGACACCGGGGACCGCCCCCGCACCCAAAAACCCCCCCGAGGCAGGGGGGGCUCGGGGGCACCCUCCAAACCCAGUGGGACUCCCCCCCCCCACGUUCACAGAGGUCCUGCUGGGGACACGACACUGAGGGACCCCCAAACCA